UCUUUCCGUAUCGAGGACGGAAGAGUUUUUGAGCAUCACUUGAAAUAUCAUCGGAAAUAUAUCUCCAUGCCCAAGCAUGGUCCUCCUUACACAAGAGAGGAAGAAAGGGAGGGAACGGGGUUCACGAAACGUACAGCGUCAAAGUCUUCGUGAUGGGCGAGUCUCUCGAAAACGUUAUUCACUGGGUGGUAAAAGUACUGACACGACGUGUCCUCCUUGUGUAUAUAUAGGGGUGCCUGCCAAGAAGGCAUUGCAGUUCUUUGCAGAACGUCUGCAAGGCAACAGUGGAUAUUCGUUCUUUUGACAUUUCUUUGGUGGAGACAUUCAACCGCUCAAUCAUUACAAUCAAUUACAAGAAAAAAAGUGACCGUGGCGUAAAAAGAAGAAAAAUGAUAACAUUCAUACUUCUUACUGCUUUGGUGACGUUGUCCUCUGCCCAAUUUCAACCACAACCCAGCGGUCGAAUUCUAGAAUCACCGAAUCCAGCACUUUGCGCGCAGAGAAGCAUCCAUCGACGAUUCAAUGGAAAAGGCUAUUACUUCUCAUGGGCCGAUUCGAGGACAACUGGACAGGAGGUAGAUUGGCUGUCUGGUAGAAACUUCUGCCGACAACGUUGUAUGGACCUGGUUUCGUUGGAAACCUCCGCCGAGAACGAGUUCAUCAAGAGCCACAUCGUUCAAAACAACAUAAAGUACAUCUGGACCUCCGGUCGUCUAUGUGAUUUCAAAGGCUGUGACCGGCCGGAUCUACAGCCUCUUCAUAUCAACGGCUGGUUCUGGACCGCCGAGUUACAGAAGCUCGCGCCGACCAACGAUCGUAGCCAAAAUGACUGGUCUGAGAGUGGCGGCAUCGGCAAACCGCAACCUGAUAAUCGUGAGGCUCUUCAGGGCGGCGCUCCUGAAAAUUGCCUUGCAAUCCUCAAUCAAUUCUACAACGAUGGAGUGAAUUGGCACGACGUGGCAUGUCAUCACAAGAAACCAUGGGUUUGCGAGGAUAACGAGUCUCUUUUGAAAUAUGUUCGCUUCACUAAUCCUAAUAUUCGUAUAUAAUGGAAAAAAAA